AUGGGCGCUAAUCCAUUACAUGCCCAUCUCAUGCAUAUUCUAGCGGUCAAGGCCACACCAGGAAAGUAUAGCGAGAGGGAGUAUGAACUGAGCUUUAAUGGCCUGAGGGAGAAGGCCGAGGAGCUGAGGAAGCGGUGCCAGGAUGCAGCAGAGCGUGCCGACAUGGUGGCGCUCCAAGGCAGGAUUGUAGACCUAGAGAAACAGGCCGGGGAUCCGGCGCUCUGGGAGGACACCUCCAGCGCACAGACCCUGCUGCAGCGGCUGUCGGAGGCCAAGGAGACAGUGGCAUCCCUUCAGGAGCUGUCCGGCAUCUGUGACGACGUUGACUUGACGGUGGACCUGGCCGCCCUCGAGAAGACUGGAAGCUCACUGCAGCACGAGGGUUUGGAAGAGGCCCAGACCCUGGCGUCAGAUCUGGAGGGCCGGCUGGCAGCACUGGAGCUGCGCCAGAUGCUGAACGGGCCGUACGAUGACCGGGCAGCCAUUCUCUCCAUCCAAGCGGGAGCGGGGGGCACGGACGCACAGGACUGGGCGUCCAUGUUGGAACGGAUGUACACCCGUUGGGCGGAGCGGCGUGGAAUGACCUGGCGCGCCCUCUACCGCUCGCCGGGCGAAGAGGCCGGCAUCAAGUGCGUCGAGCUGGAGGUCACGGGGCCUUGGGCCUUUGGCUGGCUGGCCGGGGAGAAGGGGACCCACCGCCUGGUCCGGCAGUCGCCCUUCAACGCCAAGGCCGCGCGGCAGACCUCCUUUGCCGCCGUGGAGGUGAUGCCGGUGCUGGAGGACCUGGCGGCCAGCGUGGAGGUGCCGGAGACGGAGGUGGAGGUGUCUACCAUGCGUGCUGGCGGGGCGGGGGGGCAGAAUGUGAACAAGGUGGAAACCGCGGUGCGGAUCGUGCACCUGCCCACCGGCAUCGCGGUGCGAUGCCAGGUGGAGCGAACGCAGGCGCUGAAUAAGGCGCUGGCCUUCAAGUGGCUCAAGGCCAAGCUGCUGGUGCUGGCCCAGGAGAAACAGAGGGAAGCGGCGGCCGGCAUCCGUGGCGAUCACGUCAAAGCAGAGUGGGGCCAGCAGAUCCGGAACUACGUGCUGCACCCAUACCGCCUGGUCAAGGAUGUGCGCACGGGAAAAGAAAGCAGCGCGGUGGAUGACGUGCUAGGGGGAGACCUGGACGGCUUCAUGGCCGCAUACCUCAACUGGGCGCAGCGGGAGGCCAGGCAGGCUUAG